UGAACAUUUUAAGAACAAAUAUGGAACUGUUAUCGUAGUUUCAUCAUGCGGUUAAACAAAAUGAUCACAUUUAUAUCAUACAGAAGUUUGAGAAACUGUUUUGAAAUUGAAUGAAAAUGUUGGAAGCAAGAACGUUGUUUCUUUUUCUGCUUCAUACAUUAUUUUGUACAAAUUCAGGCCUACAGACACAUUGUGAAAUCAGAGACAGUAGAAUAUAUGUGUGUAUAGACGGAAUACCAUCAGAUCCUUGUGGAUAUACUUAUAUAAUUGUAAAUUUUACAUCAUACCAUGAAUCGUACACGAUAGCAAAUGAAACUUUUUUGGGUGAUACAUGGCUUGAAGUUGAGCGGUUUGAAAUAACGAAGUCGCCAGCAAUUCAUACAUCAAUUGAGAUAAGGCCUCAUGCGUUUACAAAACUUGAAAAAUUACAACAUUUAAGUUUACAUUUAUUCACAUCAGUUGUAAAUAUAUUCAAUGACUCGUUCACCGGUCUUAUCAGCCUGAGAACACUGGAUCUAACAGAAUGGCAAAGGUUCGACGAUCAGCUACUGCAUGAUAUGUUUUCAUCUAACGAAUCAUUUCCCAAAUUACAAACACUUCUUCUUACUAAUUCAGGAAUUCAGUCCACGGUCUUUAAUUUCGACGAUGUGUUAUUGGAACAAUUAUUUGUGCGGCCGUUGAAAGCAUUAUAUUUGCAAGCAAUUAAAGCUAAUAUUGACCUGUACGUAUUUUCGCGAGUUUGUGGAAGUUUAGAAUAUGUUAAUGUGUCAGAAUCAAUACUUCGGAUAUAUGACAGAGAGAGGGUACAAUAUGCCGGUGUGUGCGAUCAUUUAAAGGUUUUAGACGUCAGUGGCAUGCAUGUUAAGUCGAUGUAUUGCUUUACAAAUGUUUACGAAAAUGCACACUUUACUGUAAACGAGUCUCAUUUGAAAAACUUUUCACCAAUUCGUAAUGUGGAAAAUGUCACUUACGACCGCUUGUGUACAUUUACUAGUAGUGUUAGUUUCAUAAGUAUAACAGCUGACGUAAACAUCACUUUACAUGUGAAGUCUAUUCGAUCUCGUUACAACAGUUUUGACAUUUUCGAUGUUGCACUGAGCAUGAAUAAUUGUCCUCUUGAGCAGAUAGAUUUGGCUGAAAACGGAAUUUCAUUCUUAAGCCCAAAGUUUGUUUCACAAUGCACACGUAUUACGGAAGUCAAUUUGGCUGGAAAUCGUUUAUCAAAAAUGUCAGAAUACAACACUACACAAUUCAUUCAACUGUUCAUGCUACUUUCUAAUUUGUCAGUUAUAAACUUAGCAGGAAAUGGUUUGAACGUAUUGCAUGAAGGUUUGUUCUCAAGUAACAAAAUGCUAGCAUAUCUUGACCUGUCUCAAAACGAGUUUAAAGUAUUUGCGCUCUCAUUAACAAAUCUUAAAAAUUUAGCCCUGCUCUCUUUGUCAUCGAAUAAUCUCAACCUGAAAUAUGCAACAACAAGAUUGUAUCUUACUGAAUACCUGAAUAACUCGAAAUCAAAUAAACUUAUGUUAGCCGACAAUCCAUUUGCAUGUUAUGAUUGUGACGAUUUAGAGGGAAUUAAAUGGCUAGUCCAAAAUAUGAAAUCUAUAGUCGACAGUGACAGUGUUCAUUGCUCAGCAGAUAGUGCAAAAGUUCAAUUAGUUAAAAACGAAACGGUUACUGAGUUGGAAGACAUCUGCAAAAGACCAUUCCGGCAAAAAAUGAUCACUAUAAUACUGUGCUGUUCCUCGUUCCUUGUACUUAUUUUGUCUUUAUAUUUGGCAAAGAAGAGCUUUCAACGUUAUAACCAGCACAGAAAGCAAAAGCAAGACGAAUGCCGUCUAUUACAUGAAGCUGAACUAGAAAAAGAGACGGUAAGUGUUUUGAAGCAAGAACAACACGCCAAUACAUUCGCAGUAUUUCUAAGUUUUAGUGGUAAUGACAAGGAUUUUGUCAAAACAUUCAUCUUUGAAUCCCUUAAUGAAAAGUUGAAGUCACGUGUGGGGACUGACCGGGAUUUAGUAUUCUUCAGCGAGAUUCAUAUGGAAUUUGGCAAAUUAACAAACGUGAUAAAGGAUGGAUUAAGAAAAUGUAAAUCAAUGCUGUUUAUUCUCUCAGACUCAUCGUGCAGGCCUGACAACGAUAAUUGGUGUAUAUUUGAAUUUAACACAGCAAUGGAAUUAAAUAUUCCUGUGACAUUGAUGGUGAAAGAAUAUGUUAAUGAAAGUACAAUGCAUCCGGAUAUAAGAAAAUAUUUCAAAAACAACUCGAGAAUCAUGUGGACCAAAGAUGAGACGGGCACGUACCAAUUGGAGAGUAGCUGGGACGUUGUUUGUUCCGCCAUUCUUCGUUCUACGACGGAUAACACUAUGUAGAGUGUAUUGCAUACAGGAUAUGAAUUUGGAACACACUAUGUAAACACUUUCUCUAUAACCUUCUUAUUUAAGUCCAAAUUGUUCGAGAUAAUAUGUACACCAUAAAUAAUAAGAUUAACUCGCAAACUCCAUUAAUCAUGUACAUGCACAAUUAACAACUUGCUGAGCAUGUGCAGCAUAUGUUACAUGUAUGGUUUUGUCGUGAACUAGUACAUCGUAUAGAAUUGUGGAUAAUUGUGAAAAAAUAUGUUUUCGUUGCAAAAGUGAUCGCUUAAGUAAGUGUUUCUGUUAAUGCAGAAUAUUUAAGAUCGUUUAUUUCUUCUUUAUUUUUCCAUUGC